AUGCGACUUCUACACACCUCAGCCAUUUCCCCCACCCCCGACUGUUACAUCUUAGAUGGGUGUCUUUGCAACGGCGAGGCCGCAGUUGUCCUCUCGACCUCUCAGCAGACCCUCCGCCUGUACGACACCCACACCUCGGCCUUCCUCUUUGACUUGGUUGGGCACACGGGGGCAAUCACCGAUGUGGUGGCCACCCCGGCCAACCCGAACGGGCUGUAUUCCGCGCAGGCCGAUGCUGGGGUGCUGGUGUCUGACCUCCGCCAGGCUAAGGUCGUUCAAUGUUUGACAGGGAUGUCAAGAAGUGGGGGUGGGGGAAAUUCCAUCGCGAUCACGCCCUCGGCCCGGACCUUGGCCGUCGCCACCGACGGGGAUCUCCACCUGGUUGAUUGCAGGACUUGGCAACCGCGGUCAUGUAUUCCGCAGAUGCACACCGACGAGAUUACCCGCGUGCGCUUCGUAAACGAGGAGGUAAUUUGUUCCGCCGGGGAGGAUCAGAUGAUUAAUUUCAUCACUACUGACCCAUCUGUGUGCGAGGAUGACGCUCUUUUACAGGCCACCGCCUGCGGUGAGGUGGUGACUAAGAUGACCUCUCUCAACGAGGUUGAGUUGAUGGCGAUGGUUGGGAGUUGCGAAAAUGGCUAUGUCUACCCUUUGGACCUGGAAAAGACCGAAACCCGUUUUCCACGCCCCGACUUUAACACUUAUUUAGUGGAUUGGUGCGUCCUGGGUGGGCGGCUCAGCCUCCUCUUAGGCCACCGUGAUGACGAUGGCAAUGCCGGGCCGCUUUCCCUCUUGGACUUUGAAACGAGGACCCAAGACGCCUUACGGCCGAUGGCCCAUAAGGAACUCUGUCGGAUGGCCAUUGGCAUUGGCAACCGCCUUAUUACUGGGGGCGAGGACGGAGUAUUAGCUUUUUGGGCCCGCGAUGGGACCAAUUCGGACAGCGGCGGUGAACUUUUACGGACGUCUGCCCCACAGGGGGGUCUCCCAACGGCUCACCCAACCGCCCCUCAGGGCCAUGUGAAAAAGCGUCCGAGGGAGCCGUUUACCAAUGACAAGUGCCUUUCGCCGUUGACUGGGCGGGGGCCUGGGAAGUCGUAUUGA